UAGUUUCAGUAGUUGAUGCCCCUCUUCUUCUUUAGUGUUAAUUCCUAAUUGUGAAAAUCCACAUCUACUCUCAAGCACCCAAUACAGAAUGGAGUCAAGAAGACAACAAUAUUAUUGCACAACAUUUUGGUUUUUCUACAUUACAAUCUCAUCAACCAUUCUGUUCCUUCAAUGUGAUGCAAGAAAACAUGCAGAGAUAUUCAAUACCCAACAACACCAUAAAAAGCUAGUUAGAAGUUACAAUAUAGGAAUAGAAAAGGAAAAUCACCUCUCCAUUGAGCAGCCAUUAGAGUUAAGCUCUCCUUUCUCACUGCCACCUUUUGAUUCUCUCUCUCCUCAAAACUCUCCUCCAUUUUUUGUCUACCCACCUUCAACUCCUCCAACUUCAAGCCAUGCAAAACCAGAACCACCACCAUCCGCAUACUCUCCUCUCACUCCUUGGCCCAGCCCACCAAACCAUUCUCCAAGCCCACCACCACCUGGUGGGCCACCACCAGAGCAUAAAAGCCCACCACAACUCUACCCCCCACCGCCGCCGCCACGUGGAGCUGGUGGGUCACCACCUGAGCACAAAAGGCCACAGUUUGCAGUUUGGUGUGUUGCGAAGCCCACAGUGCCGGACUCCAUCAUGCAAGAGGCCGUGGACUAUGCUUGUGCGACAGGAGCAGACUGCAAGCCGAUUCAGCCCAAUGGGCCCUGCUACCAGCCCAAUACAUUGCUGGCCCAUGCUUCCUACGCAUUCAACAGCUACUUCCAGAAUAAAAAGCGCGCGGGAGGGACUUGUGAUUUUGCAGGGACUGCCAUGCUUGUCACGGACGAUCCAAGUUUUGAUGGAUGCCUUUUCAUCUACAACUAAAGAAGGCCAAAGACAAUUCCCGAUUUAGAGCGGAAAAAAGAAAAGGAAACGAGAGAAAAGAUUUUCUCAUUAUACAAACUGACAUUAGUUUUCUAUAUUAUUGUCAUUUUUGGGCUUGAAGUUGGAGUGGCAAAUACUAAAGCAAUAUACGGUCUCUCUGUCUCUCUCAAACACGAGUACUUUACAAUCAUUGUAUUACAAUACACUGCUUAAAA